UCGGCUGCUUUUAACUCCACGAUGAUUUUUAGAUCUGCACACCCUGUGAUUCAAAAGAAAAUACUAAUUAAUGUUAUGGAGAGGUAUAUGCUCUGCUUGUCAAAUUUGUAAUAUAAGGUGUUCUUCAUUCACCUUUUUUAAACAUAUUUUGAAGGUUCUAUCACUGAUUUUAGCAAGUGAACUGACUCAUGAACAAUUAUCACUAAACAAACAAACAAAAAACAGCUGUGGAUCAUUCAGGUAACAGCAGAGUAUGCAAACUUUUGAACAGGGUCUAUUUUUUUUGUAAAUUGAACUAACGUAUUGUUUUCUCUUAUGGACUAUAUGCAUAUGUCUUUUACUAAACAAAAAAUAUCCCACUCAUUUUGGUAAAAUAAUUAACAUUUUGCAGUUUCUCCAAGGUGUAUGUAAACUUUUGACUUCAACUGUACGUAUGAUUCACACAAUUUGGCUAAAUAGGCCACUGUUCAUGGUCAUAUCUUUGCAACAUUUUGAACAGUCAUGAAACCUACUCCUAACUUGUUCUGUAACAAGGCAAAGUAAGUGUAGGCUAAUUCCAAUAGAAGAAGAAGAUAUGCGGUUUCCUACCGCGACUCACCAGUUAUAUCCAUCAGAAAUUUUACUGUUCCUGGUCAGUUUCAUCUUUUGGCCACAUCUUGAACAAAGUACUCUGCUUGUGAGUAGCUUUUUCUUUUGAAGCCAUUUUAUUACUUUGAGCUUUCCCUUUUUUGAGGGCUUUUGAACCGCCAUUAGCAACAAUUUAGUCAUUAAUCCCGCCAUAGUGAAGGGUCGUUCCUUCCUUAACAAUUCGUUAUUUUUGAACAAAUCUUUGAUGUGAAUCGGCAAGAACGCGUCGUCUCUGGGAGUGACUCGUUGAGUCGCGCAUAUGCAUAACAUUCAAUAGAUUCUGCACUGUCUGUAAUUAAUUCGCCUGUUUCCAAUCAUUUUCGAGUCGUUCGUUGAUGACAUGAUGGACCAAUAAGCUUAACCAAUGCAGUUUGAACAUUCCGAGCAAGAAAAAGAAUUGAUUAGUUUGGACCAUGGACCUUGGACGAGUCUUUGGUUUUUCGAGUCUCUUCGUUCAUCACCUGACCGUCCCAGUAAAUUGACCAAUAUUUCAGUGCUCGGUGUUAACAUGAAGCAUAGCCAUAACAUAAUAAACAUUUUGAAUAAAAUUAAAACUUUUGGAGUGGUACCUUCGUUUGAAGUCUUUACAUGCUGGGACAACUCCAAAGAAGUGCAAGACCCAUCAGAAUUGCAUGUUAGUAUUAAAGGUGGACAUACUUGUAUUUUGAAAAUCGCUCCAAUGGCAGAUGACGAAGAAGAAGAAGUGGUUGUUGCGCCCAAAAUCGAACGCAAACGUGACAAGGAGAGCACAAUGGCGACUAGACGUGGGAGGCCAAUUAAGAUAAAUCCAAAGUAUGGUGCAGCUACAGAUGUCCCUGUGUCUGCUGUUCAGGAAAAUGCAGGAUCCAGUAUGCAGACUGCACAGCAAGUGUGCAGACAAAUCCCUGUGUCUGCUGUUCAGGAAAAUGCAAGAACAGAAGUUGCACCCACCAUACAAAUACAAUUCCAAAAUGCAAAGCAAACAAUAGAAGUUCAAAAACAGAAAAUCCUUCACCUGGAGGAUAAGGUUAACUCUCUGACAGAGGAGAGAAAUUAUCUUCGUGCAAGACUUGAAGAUGCUUUAAUUCAGAAGGGUCCCUCAGAAGGGGUACCUACACAGACUGCAACUACAAGAAAGAGCAGUACUUCUGAAUCUUCAAAUUUUUCAACUUCCGAGUCCUCUGAUUCUGAGCCCCCAAAACACAAAAAAAGAAAGGUUAAGGAGAAACACAGAGCGAAAAGACAUAAGAAAUCAAAGAAAUUGACUUCUGACUAUUCCAAAAGAGUGCAUACCCCAGAAGAAUCGCUGAAGAGGUACUACAAGGUAUUAAACCUUGUAAAACAGGGCCUGAGUAAGGCAGAGGCCUACAACAGACUAAACGUUGACAGGAACACAAUAGUCAUCCAGGCUCCAAUUGCAGAGUUAGCAGCAGCUAAUCCAGAAUCAUUCCGCAAGCUAAGGCAGAUGUUUAAAAAGGGAGAUAGCAUCCUGAAAUUUGCCGAAAGCUGUCUUUGUCUUUGUAAAGAAAAGGCCAAUGAGGAUGUGAUUAAACAAAUGAAAGAGGCAAAUGACCUGCUUGACAUAAAUAAAAAAUGAACGAUAAGCACA